UUUUCUGACAGUUUUGAAGUUGCCAUUUAAAAAUUAAUCACACACCAAAACUCUCCAGGAAAGCUUGUCCAUGAACUACACUUACAUUUACAAAUACACCUGUUUGUUUUAAUUGUUGCUGCAACACUAACACCGGAAGAAUCUUUUGAAGACACAAAGAGUUGAAUUUAAGAAAAGCGUUCAUCAUGGCCAACGCGGAAAUAUUUUAUUCGGAUUUUGAUGGCGGGUACGAGGGCGAGGAAGAUGAAUGCACAGAGCGGAAUGUAGAGGUGCAGCUAACCAGGACCAUGGCGGCUAUCAUCGAUUACAAGAUGUUCAUUGCCGCCCGUCGCAUCCAGGCCUUCUGGCGAGCCCACCGCGACCGGAAGCUGCGCGAUAAGCGCUUGCAAGGAUGCAUUACCAUCCAGCGCUCGUGGCGCGGCUUCCGGCUGCGGCGCCAGCUGUGGGUCCUGUACGAGCAACGGCUGCAGGAGGCGUACCUCGAUCACCUCAACCUGAUGGCCACCCGCAUUCAGGCCUUCUUCCGUGGAUGGUCAGCCAGGCGGAAUAUCCACGACAUGCUACGCUUGACCCGUAUCCAAACGUCCGCCACCGAGGAUGUGGUCCAUUGCCUUAUCGAGACCCUACACCACAUAAAGCGAACCGAAUAUCUGCCAGGUGUCUACUCGCUGAUGGAGACGCAGUGCAUGUCGAAGGUUGAGAACCUUAUUGCCACUAUGACGUUUCGAUUCUACAACGGUCGAAUGACAUCGAUGAUCUCCGCCAAGAAGACUAGGCAGGAGGAGAGCCGCAGGCAUUUCCGCGAGUGCCGUUUCCAAACACAGAUACCCUAUAUUGGGCACAACUUCAGUCUGUGCCCCUAUCGUGCCUAUAGAACAGAUUCGGCUGUCGGGAAUGAAUUGCUCAAUCCGCGGAUGCUCGACGUUGCCGCCGAGUACGAGUACUUUAAGCGGAGUGUAUAUCUCCGGAACUUGCAUUCACUCUCCGUGUCGCAAAAACGUGACGAGUGCCUUAGCAAAAUCAGAGAUCGAGAAAGAAAAGCUUCGGAAAAGUUUUGCAACUCCGUCAUCACGAGUAUGCGUCAGUGGGUGGUCUGGAAGGAGUUCAGUGACGGAAUUAGGGGUACUCUUGGUGGCCCGGACAAGCGGGAACGCUUCUUUAGGAGGCUGGGAUUGGUGCUUGAAGAUUUCAGCAUUAACUGUCAAUGCGUGGCUCACGUUUUUCCAGUCUACCAAUGUCCAGAAACGCCAAUCUCCCCAGGCCAUGAGGGAUAAAUUCAAGGUGAAUCAUAUCAGCUUAGAUUGUACAAUACCUUUGUUUCUUACAUGGUUUAUUAUAAAAAAAACGUUGAGCAUUUCUUAGGAGAAACCGAA